CACCUCGGUCCUCACAAAACUGCUAAUGUAUUUGAUCUUUGAAUCAAGUUGCAACAUCUCAAUUGGUAUUUCUUUCGAAGCAACUAGCCCCCUUCGCGAGGAGUUUGGCUUAGACAAGUGACUACGAAUAGUUGCCUGUCUGUGUUGGCGUCGAUUGCACAGCAAUCUCACAUCAUCGUUAAUGACCUUGACCAACCCGUAAACCAACAUCAUGUCUCUGCCAUCAACCAUGAAGGCCGUGGUUUUCGAUGGUCUGUAUAAAAUAUCAGUGCAGGACAGGCCAGUGCCUCAGAUUCAAGAUGGGAGGGACAUCAUCAUCAAAGUUCAUGCCGCUGGCCUUUGUGGAUCGUAAGGGCGUCAUUAUCCUCAAAUGCUGUCCCGUCUGCUGACUAGAGCCCCAGGGAGCUUCACAUCUACCGUGGUCAUCAGCCUUCAGAUACUGGCUUCAUCAUGGGCCACGAGUUCACCGGAACGGUCGUCCAGAUCGGGUCGGCUGUAAAGACAAUCAACAUCGGUGACAAGGUCGUUGCUCCCUUUACAGCUUCCUGCGGCAACUGUUUUUUCUGCAACAAUGGUUGCUCAGCCCGUUGCGUUGAGAGCCAGUUGUUCGGCUGUGAAACUCUUGACGGAGGACAAGCCGAGUACGUUCGAAUUCCCAUGGCCGAUGGAACUGCCGUCAAAGCCCCCGGGACUAUCUCAGACCAGGCUCUCCUUCUCAUGGCAGACAUCUUUCCCACAGGAUUCUAUGGUGUAAAGAGCGCCGCAGAAUUGAUCCCAUCCCAGAACGUCCAGGAUGCCACACUAGUCGUCAUAGGUUGUGGCCCGGUUGGGCUUUGUGCCAUCAUAGCAGCCACUUAUUUCAAGCCUCGCCACCUCUUUGCCAUCGAUAGUGUCGACAGUCGUCUGGAGCAAGCUCGAAAACUGGGUGCAGAGCCUCUGAACUUUGAAACAGACAGAGCAGGGCUAGAGGCUAGAAUAAAGGAGGUGACGGAAGGACGAGGGGCAGAUAUGGUUGUUGAAGUCGUUGGCCAGUCCCCAGCUUUAAGGACUGCAUUCGAUAUCGUGCGACCUUUUGGUGCUAUUAGUAGCAUUGGUGUCCACAACAAGGAGAUUCCGUGGACGGGCGAUGAUGCGUAUACAAAGAACAUUCGAGUGCAGAUGGGUCGCUGCCCAGUUCGCAGCGUCUUUGACGAAGCCCUCAAGUUGCUGGAGCAGAAGCAAGACCAGAUUGGCUUCCUGUUCGACCACAUCAUGCCGCUCGCAAAGGCUCCUGAAGGAUACGCUCUUUUCGAGCAGCGUAAGACGCAGAAAGUAGUGUUCACAUUGUAACGCAAAAUACAAGCCCGGAUCAAAACGUCAACGAUUAGUUUUGUCGAGGCUUGACCAUGCCCUCAUGCAUUAAAUAGUAGACAACUGUGGAAUCGUUAUGCACGAUGGCUAGAACGAGUCUCUUCUCUCGUGGGCCAGUGCGCUCGAUAGAGUCAAAUAUGUCGGAGAAUCUCUUGAUAGACCAUUUCUCUUCGGGAUGUACUGCCAACACCCAUUCGAGCUCUGGUGUCUGAUCCAUAGGCUCACCGGUGGUCCUCUCACGCUCCAGAGCAGCGAUCUGGUCAUCAGGGUGGGUGUAGAGCCGUUUCGGGGGCAAACCUCUGAUCAGAGGUCGCUGAGCUGUCAUUUCAUGGACUUUGAGGGAGACCCAAUCAUGCUGAUAUUGCAGGUUGUAUGCAACUACUGAAGUGACGUUUGAAACCGGGUCACUUGAGGAAUCCAUGUCGGGCAUGACUAUUGCUGACCCUUGUAUGAUGUCCACGUAAUGAGUGCCAAGGGAGGCGGCUGAUGAAAUUCGAUACGGAUCAGGACCAAGAAGCAGUGUGUGCGCGGAAGCCAGUUAUGCGUGUAAAAGGACGAGGCGCGGCUCUAAGAUGAGGAAAAGAAGGAUCCGAGCUUGAGAAAUUGGAGAGGAAUUUUGCAACAGUAGCGAGCAAGGUUGUAAGAGCGGGCCCGUGAUGCAGAUUCUAGACCUUGUCUUCCGUACGGAGAGGUAAAUGUUAACUUUUUUUAUGGAUCGACUGAAGGUGGAUAACAACACCUAUGAGGAGUGGGGAUAUGCACGUCCAACG